AAUUUCAUCUUCAGAACUGAGAGUCAGUGUCACGGAAAUCCACCGGAAAGUAACUAAAAUGCAAUAUAACCAAUACGUAUCACUGUGCUUAAUCGCGCUUGUCUUGGGACAAGUCGCGACGUUACCGCAACAUCCUCAAUACACGCAGCAAUACCCGCAGCAGUAUCAACAACAGAUCAGAGAGGAGAGAAAAUUCGCCGAGAAACCGAAUGCGAUGAAAAAAGUAGCGAUCGAUGAUCUCGAGGAUAUUAGUACUAAUCAGAUUCAGGAGGGUGGCAGUAGCGGUUUCUCGUGGUCCAAUAUGCUAGGAAUGCUGAUGCAAAUGUUGCUAGGUAGUCAGACUGGAGGUGCGACCGGACCCAGCAAAAACGAAAUAGAUGAUGGCGCGACUGUGAGUCCGUGGACUAAUCUGCUUUCCGUGGGUCUGAGGGUUCUCACAGCACUGCUAGGCGGACCCCAGCAACCGGUGGAUGGUAUCGACAAGGUGGACAAUCAAAGUAGUCCCAUGCAGGAAAUUUUGACUGCGGUGCUGGGCGCGUUUCUAGGACAGGGCAGAGAUCCCGAACAGGUUGCUGUAAUGGCGAAAAAUGCCUCCGAGCAGUUCAUCAGUAUAGUCAUCAACCUACUGGACGCCCUGAAAACAUCGUUCUCUCAUCGUUCUCUGACUGCUCGCUCACUUGGAAGACGCGACACCGUUUCCGAAGCUGCGAUAGCAUCGAUCUCUAUGCUGAAGGGCUACAUGAGAUCCGUCAAGUCCUUUAGUUACGUCGGUCGUGCGGAGGAGGAGGGACAGCGUGGAUGCGCCGAGAGAGCACUUUGUGAGGCCAGUGCGGAAUGUAUCGCUGAUACGCAAGGUCCAUCAUCGAUCUUCUGCCAACUUGGAUCGUACGCAACGAGCUAUCUUCUGCAGAGGCAAAGCGGCGUCGGCUUGGAAGCCUUAUACGAGGCAGGACGACGCGGUCGUACGGGCGAGGAUUGCAGAACUCUCUUUAUGGAUUGCAACGCUGUCUGAGCAAAUUUAUCCCCGCAGCGUUCUGUCGUACGUGGCUUAGAUUCCGCGGGAUUUCGGAUUGUCUUUGCCAAUCGAAUUUAAACUCGAAGCCUUUCACGAACAAUCUCGUACAUUCUAUUCAUUGUCUUCUAGUAAUAGACUGCAACAAUGAAGAGAUAAUCCAAGCUAUCUGUAUACAUUAUGGGUAACUAAAUAACACCAAGUGUUAUAAGUAUAACUAAAUAAUAUCUCAUAAUUAUCUAAAAAAUGGCUAAAAACUUCAGAAAGUUAGGUCUUUUAGGACAUUUUCGAGCAUUCGGAUAACACAGAUUUCAAUGGAGCUUCCGAUGUCCUACGGUCUAAGUCAUGUUAAAAUAAAAGUAUAGGUUUAAUCGACGAUUCACGGCACGGGCGUGCACCGAGCCGGGAUUCGCAUCGAAUCUCGCUAGCUCGUCAGCUCGGCUCAAACUCACGAUUGAUCAUUUCUUCAGAAUACUCUCUGUGUAUAUGUGUAUGUGCGCUAAAUAAUGCAGAUUCAUUUUAACAUCAAUCCGCAACGUUCCAACGUCGCAAUUAAACAUUUGUAGGCACUCUAAUCCCGAGACGUUCUUAUCUCGAAGAAAAUUAAAUUAAAAUUUUUUUUUAAUCAGAUAAGUUUGAGAGUUAUGCUCUCUUUGUGAAUUAACGCGUCUAAUACUUUAAUGAAAUUUUAUCUAAUAAAGUUUCUCUCGUUUGCUCUUAUUCAUCACUGAAAGUUAUACAUUACGUAUCUUUUCGUAUCGAUCGCCGAGUUUCGCCACGUCGAUUACACAAUUAUAUUUAUUUUUAUUUAUGGAGCGUGUUAAAUGUAGGCGUAGUAUUUGUGGUUGGAACUCGGCACGAGUUCUGGUAUUUUUAUAUUUUCGACGACGAUGAUCAUUUAUGUACAAUAGGCAGCGCAAGUUUUAUUGUUGAUAUGUUUUAUGUUUGUGAUGAAUAAAAUCUCUGUUCAACAUCUGAAAUGUAAUAUAUCUUUAAAGUAUAAAAUUAAAUAAUGAAAGCAGUAGCAUUCGUAUCAAUAGAACAUUAUUGACAGAAUCAUCUACUUAUCUCAUCGUUAUUGACGGAAAAGUUGCCACAGAAAUGAAACUCGAUCCUGCAAUUAUAUUAACUGGAUUGAAACUCUUUUGUAAUUUUGUUAAACUUUAUUUUCAUUAUUUUCAAUGUUAUAAACAUAUGAAAGAUAAUUUUACGUUAAUUUAUUUUCAUCUAAAACAGUGAUGCGCAACCUUUCUUAAACUGAAGGCCAUUUCAGAUAUAGGCAAAACUUGCGGACCGCAUAUGCUAUUUCGGUGCAUAUACACGCGCGCGCGCGCGCGCGCGCGCGCGCGUGUGUGUGUGUGUGUGUGUGUGUUGUGCAUACAAAUACACACAAUAUAAACAAAUUUCAUUUAAUUUAUUCUUUUGCUAUAAUAUAGGCUUGUAUGUAACAUUUCGAAAAAUUAAUAAAACUGAAAAUACAAAAAUUA